GAGAGACUGGGAGGGAGAAAGAUACUGUGGGGGACUGAGAGAGAGAGCGAGAGAGAGAGAGCGACUCAGAGAGAAAGAGAGAACAACGCUCAACCAACCAACCAACCAACCAAGAGACGACCAACAUGCCCUGAGGUGUGGUCUCCCACCCCAAGAAGCCCAAGCCCAGCGCGCAACGGUGGGGUUUCUACUGGGCAAACAGCCGGGGAUACUAGCCUACUGCCGGCCAGUAAGACGCUACCGACGCUCCGGGAGCGGAGACGGGGCUGGGCGGGCGGGGGGCCGGCUGAAGGAUGUCCGCUUCGGUAGGGCCCCAAGGCGGCCCUCGCCCACCCACGGCGCCGGCGGCGACCAUGCCAGACAUGCCGGACUUGAGCCACCUGACCGAGGAGGAGCGCCGGAUCAUCCUGGCCGUGAUGGCUCGCCAGAAGGAGGAGGAGGAGAAGGAGCAAGCCAUGCUGAAGACUCUUCAUCAGCAGUUUGAGAGCUAUAAGGAGCAGGUCCAGCGGAUCGGGGCGGAGACCAAACGCCAGCAGACAAUCCACAAGGACGACGCCCCCACCUGCGGGAUCUGCCGCAAGACCAAGUUUGCCGACGGCUGCGGUCACCUCUGCUCCUACUGCCAGACCAAGUUCUGCGCUCGCUGUGGGGGGAGAGUCUCUCUACGCUCCAACAAUGUGAUGUGGGUAUGCAACCUGUGCAGGAAGCAGCAGGAGAUCCUCACUAAGUCUGGGGAAUGGUUCUCGCCGGGGCCCCGGGGCCGGCCUCUGAGCCUGGGAGCUAUAGUGCCUGGCCCUGAGGCCGACGGGGACAAGAAGCUGCGCUCCAGGUCCCAGGUCCCCGCCGGCACCAACCUCAGCGCCGCCGACCCCCAGGGGCCCAACGCCAGGCCAGCCGACCGGGCCAAGGGAGCAGACACCAUGCCGGCCUCACGCGCCCGGAGCGAACCCGCCAGAGAGAAAAAGAGGCCUGUGUCCCUACACGAGCAGAACGGCAAGGUGAUUGGCCGAGGCGAGAGAAGGCCAGGACCAGGCAGGUUGUCGGCACAAGCUUCGGAGGAUCGCAUCCCAGGAGAACGGCGGGAAGGCCGGCGUCUGGAGAAAGGCCACUCGCACGAAUACGACCACCCAGACGGUGAACCUGCCCACCCUGACCAGCGGCGGAGAAAGGAGGAAGAAGAUCGAGAGCGCCAGCGACGCGAGGAGGAGUACCAGACGCGAUACCGCAGCGACCCCAACCUGGCAAGGUACCCCAUCAAACCUCAAAAAGAAGAGCAGGAGAUGCGGAUGCACGCCAAAGUGUCCAAGAUGCGACAAGAGCGUCACCACAGCGACAUGGCCAUCAACGAGGUGGGACUGGCUCAGGAUGGCGGCGAGACCCCCGGCGGCCGGUUAGGCAGGAGGGUGGUCCCUAACGAGGAUCGCAAGGCACUUUUAGAAAACCACCGAGCGUACUCUGUGGACAGGACCGUGGGGGGUAUUGGUGGUGGUGGUGGUGGUAGUGUUAUUGCUGGUGGCGGGGGACAUGGACCCCUCCAGAAACAGGGUCACAGUGGUCCUCGUAUGGGCCCCGCGGGCCCCCCAGACCUCAGGGACGGACAGGACUGGGGCCCCAAGGAUCACCUAGAGCCCGGAUCAGUGGCUUUACUGCACAAAACCAAGCGAGAGAAGGCGGCAGAAAGCUUCCGGAAAGAUUCCUCCCUCAGCUCCGACCAGUCGGAGUGUCUCCGGCCCCCUCCGCCCAGGGCUUACCGGCCCAAACGUGGCCUCAACAAGAGGCAGAUGUCCAUUAGUAGCUCAGAGGAGGAAGGAGGGUCUACUCCGGAGUAUACCAGCUGCGAAGAUGUGGAGAUCGAGAGCGUCAGCGAGAAAGGUGACUGGGACUGCCAUCCUCUAGAUCCAGCUGUGUGGCAUCAUCCUGUUACCUGGCAGCCGUCCAAAGAGGGGGAUCAUUUGAUCGGCCGCAUCACUCUGAGCAAGCGCUCGGCCAUGCCCCGCGAAGCCGGCUCGCUGCUGGGGCUAAAGGUGGUCGGUGGGAAGAUGACGGAGACGGGUCGUCUGGGAGCUUUCAUCACCAAAGUAAAGAAAGGAAGUCUGGCGGAUAUCGUGGGGCAUUUACGAGCAGGUGACGAGGUGCUGCAGUGGAACGGGAAGGCGUUGCCUGGAGCAACCAAGAAGGAAGUGUACAACAUCAUCCUAGAGUCACAGGCUGCUCCUCAAGUAGAGAUAGUGGUUUCCAGACCGAUUGGAUGUAUCCAUCGUAUUCUUUCCAAAAACUUCUUGAGAAAGGUGUAUAAAGCUUAUCAGGACACACCGAGAAUUCCACAGACAUCACAUCCUCCUCUUGAAUCAACUGGUUCCAGCUCUAUAGAUGAAUCCCAGAAGAUGGACCGCCCCUCCAUCUCCGUCAUGUCCCCCACCAGUCCGGGAAUGUUGAGAGACCUUCCUCAGGUUCUACCCGGCCAGCUUUCAGUAAAACUGUGGUAUGACAAGGUUGGCCAUCAACUUAUUGUCAACGUUUUACAAGCCAGAGAACUUCCUCCUCGACCAGACGGACGGCCACGGAACCCUUAUGUCAAGAUGUACUUCCUUCCUGAUCGGGGUGAUAAGAGCAAGAGGAGGACAAAGACGGUGAAGAAGAGCUCAGAACCCAAGUGGAACCAGACGUUUCUGUACUCUCACGUUCACCGCCGGGACUUCAGAGAGCGCAUGCUGGAGAUCACCGUGUGGGACCAACCCCGAGCUCAGGAGGAGGAGAGCGACUUCCUGGGAGAGAUCCUGAUAGAGCUGGAGACGGCGCUGCUGGACGAUCAGCCGCACUGGUAUAAGCUGCAGUCUCACGACGUGUCCUCCCUCCCCCUGCCCCAGCCCUCCCCCUACCUCCCCCGCAGACACGUCCACGGAGAGAGCCCCAGCAAGAAGCUACAGAGAUCUCACCGCAUCAUUGAGACUGAUUAUGAUGAUGCUAUUACGGUAGUGUCUUCAGCAGCGGAGAGGAACUCCAGAGACAGAGACCGGUCCAGUACCCUGACCGUCCCGGACCGUCCUGCGGCCGUCCAGCACCGAUCCCGCUCCGUCUCGCCCCACAGAGAGGACCAGUGUAGAGCCCGGUCCAGACCCUCACAUGUACCCAUGCAGAGAAGUCUUGAUGAAAUUCAUCAGAACCGGCAUCAUUCUCACUCGCCCACGCUCUACCACAAAUCUCAGCAGGAGCACAGAUCUAUAGACUCGGACUAUGACUAUUCUGAGGACAGUGAGGUCCUGGAGAUGCACAGAUCAAUCCGAGGCGGGAGCGCUGAGUGCCUGCACACAAACAGGAACUUAGCUAGGCACUGCAAUACUUUGCCCCCAAAGAUGCCCCUGUUAGUGAAUGGCAUUCACAAAGACAUUUACAGCUCCACGCUUCCCGCAUGCCUAAAGAGUAAAUCUUCACGGAGAAUAGAAGUGGGCGGAGUCGCCCCUCGUAGUGCCGUCCCACAGCGAGUGCUCAGGUUUACAGAUGAGGUCAGCACUAGUGACCUUCAGCCAUCGCUGGACAGAGUUAGAAGUGCCAGUACAACAUGUCUGAGGCCAGAGACCAGCUUCCACUCCCCAGACCGAGAAAGGCCGGUGGGCAGCUUGGAUAGACCUGCCUGCCCAAAACCUAACAAGAAAAGCAUAGACAAUGACAGGAUCCAGCCCACCUCCAUCCUGCGGGGCAGCAGGUGGAGGAGAGACGCCCCCAUCCGGCCCUUCGGCCAGACCAGUCUGGGGGGGUCGUGCCCCAGUUCACCCCGCCUUCUUGACAGAGGACAUCCUCAAGGGUCUCCCUUGUCGGUGCGCAGGGGCAGACAACUGCCACAGCUUCCAGCUAAGAGCAGCAGUAUAGAGCAAGACCAUGUCAGUAAUAAACCUGAGGAGAAAGCGUUGGCAGUAGAGGAGCGAGCUCGUCAGCUGAGUCAGAUGCGAGUUCCCUCCUAUAGGCCGGGAUCCUCCGCCAGCACAGGCCACGACCAAGAGAUGGAGCUAAAGAACAAGAGAGACAUGUAUAAGAGGAGCUGUGAUAACAUGUCGGCGCGGUCGUCGGACAGUGAUAUGAGUGAUGUGUCGGCCAUCUCCAGAGCCAGCAGUGCCUCACGCCUCAGCAGCGCCAGCUACAUGUCUGUCCAAUCAGAGAGACCGCACGGACGCCUCAGGUCAAAGUCUCUGGAGAGCUGUAAAGGGGAGGAGAAAAAGGAGAGGCGUAUCUCGUGGGGCGUGAACAGCCCCACCCAGAGGAGGAGUCUGGGGAAGAGGCGCUUCUCAGAGGAGCUGAAGCGCCGGCGCCACACUGUGGCCGGAGAUGAAGAUGUCAGUCGGCAGGUGCGGUCGUCGGCGGGUCGCAGCAUGCUGAAGAGCACCAGUGUGAGCGGUGAGAUCAACACGUCGGAGCGGACGGACGGCAGCCAAUCAGACACGGCUCUGGGCACGGUGAGCGGCGGGAGCAAGAAGCGGCGCGGCAGCCUCAACGCUCGCUUCGUCGCCAUCGUGGGCAACAGACGCAGCAGGAGCACCUCCCAGAUCAGCCCGACGGAGGCAUCUAAUAAGAAGUCUAAAGGAGGCGGGACGACCAUCCAGCGGAGUCAGGAGACGGGCAUGGCCGUGGAGCUGCAGCGCAACAUGAGCCGGCAGCCCAGCCGCGAGUCCAACAACGGCAGCAUGACCAGCUACAACUCCGAGGGAAGUCCGAUCUUCCCGGCCGUGAGGGUGGAGACUCAGUUCAGCGACUUCUUAGACGGGCUGGGUCCUGCACAGCUGGUUGGCCGACAAACCUUAGCCACGCCUUCUAUUGGGGACAUCCAGAUCGGCAUGGUGAAUAAGAAGGGUCAGCUGGAGGUGGAGGUGAUCCGAGCCCGGGGCCUGAUCCAAAAACCAGGAUCCAAAUCACUCCCUGCUCCUUAUGUUAAGGUGUACCUGCUGGAUAACGGGGCGUACGUAGCCAAAAAGAAAACGAAGAUUGCACGAAAAACGCUGGAGCCUCUGUACCAGCAGACUCUUCAGUUCGAGGAGAGCCCACAGGGUAAAGUGUUACAGGUGAUCGUCUGGGGAGACUACGGAAGAAUGGACCACAAAUCCUUCAUGGGAGUAGCACAAAUCCUAUUGGAGGAGCUGGACCUGGCCAGCAACGUGAUUGGCUGGUACAAACUGUUUCCGCCCUCCUCCUUAGUAGACCCCACUCUGGCCUCGCUCACUCGACGGGCUUCCCAGUCGUCUCUGGACAGUUCCUCCACGCCUGCAGCGGCUCGGUCGUAGUGGGCGGAGUUACGAAGAAGCUACGAAGAAGCUACUACAGAGCUAGGAAUCUGCGAGGCUCUGAAGCACACUGCAUAUAUAUAUAUAUAUAUACAUAUAUACAACCAGAAAGAGAGAAAGAAAGAGCAAGAAAGAGAAAAAGAACGAGAGACACCCAACAAGGACAACAAUCAGAGGCUGACCGACAAAAAAAAUGCGAUGAAUUAAAAAAAAAACACACAAAAAACACAAAGCUUUGAUGAAAUCUGACAAUCACUCCUGUCGCUUAACGUUUGGGUUCGUACUGUUUUUAUUUUAUAUUUUUCUCUUCUCUUCUGUGAAAAACGAAACGAGACAUUGCGUACAAAUUCUGUGAUGCGAUUUUGUUUGUCUACGACAAAGUAGACAAAUAGUCUGUUUUUUUGUCUGUCUUUCGUUUGCUUUUAUUUUAUUUUGUUUUUUUCUCAUCGUUUGUCACAACAGAAACGAAUUAGGGCUGCUGAUCUACGGUUCUACAUGGGAAGCACUAAUUUUAACGUGACUCUGAGAAGAAUUCAGCGCUAUUGAAAGCAAGCAGGGUGAUUUUCACUUUAGUCCGUGUUAACGAAAUGUACGUUAGUUACUUUAGCUAGUUUUUAAUAAUAAUAAUAAAAUAAUUAAUAACAGAGCAUCAGAAUGUAUCGACCCAAGGAAAAAAAAAAAAAAUACAACCCACAAAGACGACCUCCGACCAAGGGAUUGUUGGGUUUCCGUAGAGACCCACUUUAAAUCCGGCGAAAGGAAGGAAAGCGUAGAAAAUAUCGUAGAAAAAAAAAGACGUUAAAGUUUAAAAAGUGGGCCGCCCCCUUUUUAUGGAGGUCGUUCAGGCGUGCAGGGCCUUUCUUGGUGCCUAAACCUUGAGGACCCCGAGCUGUGGUCCAUCUUUUUUCCUGACGAAAGUACCUGUUUUUUCAGUAUGUUUACCAUGACCGACGGAGGCCGCCGCGUCCUCAAAAACGUGUCCUCCGUUCUUAUUGGUUCAGCGGAUUCUUUUCAUACCUCUGGCACACAGAUUUUUACGAGGUUUGUGUCGUCUAAUGUACUGUAUGCAUGGUGAAAAUGAUGCAGAGAAUAAGAAAAAAAAAAUACACACUUAAAAAUAAAACAAAGACUGGAAGAAGAGUGUCUGCAGAUAAGACACAUUUUU